UGUGUGACUUCCUCUCACUCUCUGUCUUCCUCUCCACAGAGUGAGGAGCAGUUUUGUUUUUCUCUCGCUGCGUUUCUCUCGCUCUCUGUCUCCGGGUGCUGAGGGCCGGGUGCUGUGUGUCGGCAGUGACAGGAGUUGGAGUAGCCCAGCAGGCGGUGACAGGAGUCGAACGGUCCAUUCAGACCAGCGUGUUUGCCGCUGCGCUUAAGAUGCUGAGGCGGAAACUCUCCAAUGCUUCCGAGAAGGAGCCGGCCCAGGUGACGAAGAGGAAGCUCACCCUGCAGAGGUCCAGUAGCUUCAAGGACUUCAUGAAAUCCAAGCCAUCUUCCCCAGUGGUGGCAGACAAGGAGUUUCCGUUGGACGAGUCUCUGCUGGAGGAAGUUCCAGGGGAGGAUGCUGGGAAAAGCGGUGGCACACUGGGAAAGAAAUGGCGGGCAGUAAUCUCACGCACUAUGACCCGCAAGACCUCCAAAAUGGUGCAGAAGGCCCUGGCAGAGGAAGGGGGAGAGAGUGAAGAGGAGGGCUCCACAUCCCGCAAGUCUAAGGACGGGACAAGGGACAUGAGCUCCAGGCAGCGGACAUCUCUGUGCUCCAACGGAUCAGGGGACUCCACUCACCCUCCCCUUUCCCGACAAUUUUCAGGCUGUGGCGAUCGGCAGAGCCUGGACAGCGGGUACAGCCAGAGGGACAGCAUGAGGCUGGAGGACAGCACCUACACCGGGCCCUUCUGCGGCCGCGCCCUUGUCCACACCGACUUCACUCCCAGCCCCUACGACUUCGAGUCCCUCAAGCUGCAGAAAGGUAACAUCAUUGAUAUAAUUGAAAAGCCGCCAGUGGGCACAUGGACAGGAAAACUGAACAACAAGGUGGGCUCCUUCAAAUUCAUCUAUGUCACCAUCCUGCCGAAGGAGGUCACACCCCCGAAGAAGGCCCACAGUAAGAACCACAGGUCAAGGCCCAAACCCAAAUCCCUGGCCGAGGUGCUGGAGAAGAUCGGCAUUACCGAUCUGGACUCCCUCCUCUCCAUGCAAGGCUUCGAGGACCUGGAGGACUUCAGGCAAGUGAAGGAGCAGCACCUCAAUGAGUUGAACAUCACCGACCCAGAGGAACGAGGCAGGAUCCUGACGGCUGUGGAGCUGCUAAACGACUCCGAGGGCGAGUCAGACGUGGAGGAGAAGAAGGAGACAGAGACGGAGACGGAGACAAAGAAGGAGGAGGAGGAGGAGGAGGGAGAGGUGGGAGAGGAGGAGAGCGGCGAGAAGACGGACGUACCCCGAGACUCGGGCUGCUUCGAGAGCAGCGAGAACCUGGAGAACGGGCGGACGGAGCCGGGCCCGGGGCCAGGCUCCGAGGAGGAGCUCCCUCAGAGUCCAGACGCGGAGCUCAGCAUCGCGGUGGGACAGCUGGAGGGCCUGACGGUGGAGGAGGAGGAGGGGGAGUCCUGAGAGUCCUGCACGCUGAGGCCGCCUUCCCAGCAGGCCUAGGGGCGUCACCGGACGGGCCCUGGAGACCACCGGCUGGACACUUCCGCCAGGACCGCUCUUGCCGAAAAUCUGAAUGUUCCGAGUCACGCAUCCGAAGCAGCGACCGCACUCUUCACCUACGGUGCCUUUUCGGAUUGUUUCAAGAACGGUUGGCAUCAAAUAAAGAGACAGAUGAAGUGAAGGGAACAUGUUGCUUGUGUCACAUCUGUGUCACUCAAUGUUUGAAGCGAAAUCCAAUGGUUGUUCUCCUGGUAGGCAAAUGUUGUUUUGCAUGGACAGGUGAUGUACAACAUAGCAUUAGUUGGCAAUAAGACAGUGGCAUUUUUCACAGUACUAUCUACUAUCUCAUCUACAAUUUUUUUCAGCAAGGACUUGACUGAGAUUUUCCGUUUUCGGUGUUGCCACUAUCCUUGUAUUUCUGUGUAAGGUCUACAAAUAUAUUUUUUUCUGUUGCUUGUCUUUAUACAGUAGAUUGUAGAGGGUAUACUAUAAUGGAACCUUUCAUUUUGAAUGUAAAAGUAGUUUCUACAAAUGUAUUUUUGUUUUAUUUGCAAAUAACAUUGUGCAUUGUGAA